GUGCAGUGCACGGACGUUUUGAAUUCGAUAACUUUUGUAUAAAUUAAUCGAAGAAAAGAACAAAUGCUUCACUCGCUUGCCGUUUUUGGCGCGAGUAAGAAGAACAUCCAACAAAUUAAUAUCUAUAAUAUUUACUCUAUAAAAUUUCUUCAUGUAAUUUUUUUGUGAAUAUCAAGUUAAUUAUUAGAAGAAUUUAGGAUUGUUGAGAACAUGAGUGAAAAUCAAAUGAACGAGGGAUUUGAUCCCAGUCCUGAAAUGUUACCGCCGGUCACAAACGGCUUUGACAAGAAGAGUAUGACGGCGGUACCUGAUAAAAUGAAUAAACCGAUAGAAGAAGGAAAAGAAAAAGUGGAUGUGGAAGAUGAUCAACCAGAGAGAGCUAUGUGGGGCAACCAGCUGGAGUUCCUCAUGUCUUGUAUCGCAACUUCAGUGGGGCUGGGCAACGUGUGGCGGUUUCCAUUCGUCGCGUACCAAAACGGCGGUGGAGCGUUUCUAAUUCCCUACAUCAUUGUGCUCAUCCUAAUCGGCAAACCGAUGUACUACUUAGAGGGCGUGCUAGGACAGUUUAGCUCAAGAAAUUCUAUCAAAAUUUGGUCAAUGACGCCGGCUAUGAAAGGUACCGGAUACGCUCAAGCACUGGGAUGUGGAUACAUUCUGUCGUACUAUGUGUCCAUCAUAGCUCUAUGUUUGUACUAUCUGUCAAUGAGUUUUCAAUCUACUCUACCUUGGGCCACCUGUGACCCUGAAUGGUCGAACUGCGUGCCAUCAGAAUUGACAGAGAAUGUUGUUCUAACGGAAGAUUCGAAGAGCAGCGCCGAAUUAUAUUUUAUAAAAACUGUACUUCAGCAAAGUGACGGAAUCGAAGGUGGACUAGGUGCUCCUAUAUGGUACUUGACGCUAUGCCUCCUUGCAUCGUGGGUCAUCAUCUUUUUGAUCGUGGCUCGCGGAGUGAAGAGCUCAGGGAAGGCUGCCUACUUCCUUGCUCUCUUCCCUUACGUCGUCAUGAUCAUUCUUCUCAUCAGUACCUCAAUCCUUCCUGGAGCGGGCAAUGGUAUAUUGUUUUUCAUAACUCCGCAAUGGGACAAACUUCUUGAGCUCGAUGUGUGGUAUGCAGCAGUGACUCAAGUAUUCUUCUCGUUAUCUGUGUGCACUGGAGCUAUCAUUAUGUUCUCUUCUUAUAACGGAUUCAGACAAAAUGUAUACAGAGACGCUAUGAUUGUCACAACCCUGGACACAUUCACUAGUUUGCUCUCAGGUAUAACAAUUUUCGGCAUCCUCGGCAACCUGGCGUACGUACUGAACCAAGAAGUGAAAGACGUGGUCGGCUCGGCAGGCACGGGCCUGGCUUUCAUAUCAUACCCUGAUGCUAUUGCUAAAACUUUCCAACCACAAUUAUUCUCAGUGCUGUUCUUCCUGAUGAUGACAGUUUUGGGCGUGGGGUCCGCAGUGGCGCUCUUGUCGACCAUCAACACGGUGCUGCUCGACUCCUUCCCACGAGUUCCCACCAUCAUUAUGUCGGCCCUCAGUUGCUCCGGCGGAUUCCUUAUCGGUCUCGUCUAUGUUACACCGGGUGGCCAGUACAUAUUGGAAAUGGUCGACCAUUACGGUGGCACAUUCCUUAUUUUGUUCUGUGCAAUUGCUGAAGUUAUCGGCGUCUUCUGGUUCUAUGGUCUUGAAAACUUAUGUCUUGACAUUGAGUUCAUGUUGGGCAUCAAGACAUCUGUGUACUGGAGAUUCUGUUGGGGUCUGAUCACGCCCGCAAUGAUGUUAGUCGUAUUCGUGUACGCGCUGGCGACGAGCAACGAACUUGUCUUUGGUGUUGAUUACUACUAUCCCGUUGCUGGCACUGUUGCUGGUUACCUCAUGCUGUUUGUCGGCGUCGCUUUUGUUCCUAUCGGCAUAGCCGCAGUUAUGUUCAAGAACAGGACUGGAAACUUCGUUGAAACAUUGAAGCAAUCGUUCCGUCCCAAAUCGACAUGGGGUCCCCGGUCUACUAUAACCCGAAACGAAUGGGCCCUGUUCAAGAAAGACGCGAUGGCCGAGCGCGAGAACUUGCAAGUCAGCUGGCUCACUCAUAUCUGGCUCAGUCUUUCGAAAGGCUAUCAAAGACGGCUCUAGUUUUAAUUUAAUGUAAGCCUAACUUUAAGAGAUGAUUGUUAAAGUAUUGAAAGGGCCUUUUCUCUGUUAUUAUAAAUCAAUUGAAGUGAAGUAUGAAGAGUUCUUAAAUGAUUAAAAACAGACUAUUAAUU